GACGUAGAUUUCAGAACGUGUUUUACAAACUCAAUCGACAUCGUGUUCUUUACCCGCUGUGGCUCUUCUUUUUGUUCAACGUCUUCACUCUGAAACAGCUGACAAUCGAUGAAACGGAAAAUGCUGAAGUUAAAGAAUUGGAUAUUGUUAAGCACAUCAUUGAGCAUCAAUCAUCGGCUAGUUUUCAGGAAUCUUAAAAAGUGAAAACAAUUCUCAUGUGGAAUCCGUGGUACGGCGACUUUGGUUUCACGUUGGAUGACGACUCUUCUUUCAGUCGUAUGGGGUGCAAGGUCACAAAUUGCGUCCUGUCGAAAAACUUUUCCUGAGUGGGAAAUCUUAAAGGCGGAAAGGCUUGAGAAAGAAGCCUUGACUCUCCUAACCCCGGCGCAGAGAGCUCAGUUCGACGAGGACGAAGCCCUCAUACGUCGGGAUAAUAGAGAGGCACAGAACGCUCUAAGAGGAGAGGUUCGCGCAGCAAAAAAGAGGAAACGAGACGAGGUGGAAGAGGCUAAGAUACGCCUGGUAGAAAAAGAAGCAAAAGACAAGCGCGAGGAGUACGAACGCUCUAAGCGUCGUAGGGUUAACCCUCAAGUUUGUCAGGGUAACUCGGCAUUUCACAUGGAAGAACCGCCUUGAAGGUAAUACAUUUGAGAAUUGUUUUGUUAUUGAUAUCUAACGAAUUUCCUUCUAUAGUGGAUUUUGCUGCUCGUUAAAUAAAAUAAAUAAAUCAAUCAAUCAAUAAAAAACCGACUAGAAGGUAAUACAUUUUAGAAUUUUUUUGUUUUUAUAAUCUUACUUAUGUUCUU